AUGGUGCUGCAGAGUGUGGCCCACAUUGCGAAGGUGCAGCUUCCCGGGUAUCUGAACCGGCUCCCAGUCCCUGAGAACAUUACGUGGUUCGCCAGGCUAACAGUUUCAGCGUGGCUUUGGUUAUUACCUUUCCUGGGUGUACUUAUACUACUUGGCUACCUUGCAAUUCGUCCAUUCCUCCCAAAGGAAAAACAACGAAAGGAUAGCUUGAUUAAUCUUAAAAUACAAAAGGAAAAUCCAAAAGUGGUGAAUGAAAUAAACAUUGAAGGUCUGUGUCUUACUAAAGCAGCUUAUUGUAGGUGGUGUCAUUCUAAGACAUUUUCUGCCUGUUAUGGUUCACAUAGCAAACACAAUGAGUUGACAGGAGAUAAUGUGGGUCCACCAAUACUAAAGAAGAAAGAAGUAUAA